UUAUAUGUUACACAAAGACAAUCUCAAAGGGGGCUCGUCAAAAUUCUAGGGUUUCCAAGUCGACACUCGAUCUCAGUUCCUUCCUCUUGAAAUCCGAAUUCAAAUUCAGCUCCAAAUCCAAAUCCAAAUUUAAUCCCUCCUGAAUUGAUCUGAAAACAUGCCUCAGAGACAUUCCAAGAACAACAACGAUCUAGCGUUCUUCACGUAUGACGAGAAGAGGAAGCUAGGUUACGGUACUCAAAAGGAGAGGCUUGGUAAAGACUCCAUCAAACCCUUCGAUGCUUGCUCUCUCUGCUUGAAGCCCUUCAUCGAUCCCUUGUGCUGUCAAAAAGGCCACGUCUUCUGUAAAGAGUGCAUCCUCGAGUGCUUAUUGUCCCAAAAGAAAGAUAUCCAAAGGAAGCUAGCUGCUCAUACUACCCAACAAAAACAACAAAAAGACGAAGAAACGGAAAAAAUAGCCCUACAAAAAGCGCGAGAACUCGAUGCCUUCGAUCAACAAAACCACAGUGCGGUCCCACAAUACACUGAUAAAAACUUGAACCGCGAUCAAAACAAUUUCCAUGGUGCAAACAGUGUGAAAACGACAUCAUAUGAAGCAGAAGCCCUCAGAACCAUGAAAGCAUUUUGGCUACCCUCGGCCACCCCAGAAGCUCCGGUCAAAAUCACCGCCCCUUCCACCGCCACUACCUGUCCGGAAGGCAACGAGAAGCUUAAAAUGAAAUCCCUUUUCUCUAUUCGCUUCACCGAAGAGACAAAUGAGGAAAAGACGAAUUCGCCCUUGGAUAAAACUUAUGUGUGCCCUAGUUGUAAGGUGACAUUGACUAAUACUUUAGGGCUUGUGGCUUUAAGUUCUUGUGGACAUGUUUUUUGUAAGAAGUGUGCAGAGAAGUUUAUGGCGGUUGAUAAGGUGUGUUUGGUGUGUAAUAAGGGCUGCAAAGAGAGGAAUUUGAUUUAUUUGGAGAAAGGUGGGACCGGGUUUGCGGGUCAUGGGGAUAAUCUUGAAGCUAAGGAUUUUAAGCAUUUGGGAAGUGGGUCGGGUCUUGGGUUGGUGAGACCCGCUAUGAAAACAUGAUCUUUGAUUUAUGUAAUUCUAUAUUUUGAUAUAACAUUUGUAUUUCUUUUCGUGUACAAGGAUCGUAUUGUUGGCUUGUUGCUGUAUAUUUUUUGACACGUUGACUUUUCAAUGAGGUGCUAAUAUAUGAGGACGUUGAUCAAA